UGUAGUAGUAAUGUUUGUUUUAAAGGUAUUUUAUAGCAUCUAAAUUAUAGCAUUUAAAGUGUGACCUAAGAGGAAGACCGCAAGGGUUUAGGGUGCAAUUUGGGACAGGGCCUUAGAGAUAUCUAAAGGUGUACUCUGUAGUUUGUUGUUUAUAUGCUGUUCUUAUCUUGGACUUUAUACUGACAUCUAUUGGUGUGGAUGCAGCAUUACAAAAAUGUCAAGUCGGAUUCCAGAAGCCAAACCAUGGAGUGCUGCAAGGCUGUCAUAUUUUUGGUUAAAUGCCUAAAAAUGCCUCUAUUUUCAAAACUAACGGAACAUGUUUUGUCGAAUAUCAUGCAUUCUAGUCACCAUAACAAAUGCCAGCUUGUGUAAUUAACAGCAAUUAGGUGCAACCCUAAAACAUUGAGACAAAUGCUCUGUACAUCUACAGUAAUCAUUGUCUUAACUGAUAUGUAAUCAGGCUGAACAGAUGAUGCCCAGUGAAAAUUUGGACUGUGGAUACCAUGUGAAUGGCAUGCGACACCGCCAAAACUCACUAGACAGGCGCAACAGGCCAGACGGAAUGGACCAGAACGACUCGUACCCAUCUCGGAUGUGUUCGACCCUGGGUCGCAAUCAUUCUCUAACCACUCACAUGCACUGGGAGGAGCUGUGUAGCUGUGGAAGCUCUACAUUGCAGUCCAGUGAAAAUCUCAGCAAGUCUCCCAUCAGCCACUGUGAGCUGUACACUUUGGAUGCAGAUAAUCUGGACUACCCCUCUCCUGUUGUGAGACUAAUACCACCUCGUGGUGCCUCUGGGGUCAGCAGAGAGCCCGGCAUGGAUAUAGCGCACUUGGGUGCUCCCCCUUCAUCUGGAUUGUACCAUUACUGGCCUGACCACCAGGCAGCUCAUUUCACUGAACAGACUGAACAGUGCCCCCUAACUGUCCGGACCUCAUUCUCACCACCGUUCUUUGAGCAUCAACCCAGUGAACUUGAGUCCAGACUGGAGCUCCUGCAGAGCCAACUCAGCAGGCUGGAGACCACCCAGCCAGAUUCCAUAUUCAAGUCAAAUUCCCAGGGUUCUCUGUCCAGUGGUGUUCACAUGGGAGCUGCAUCAGAUGACUGUGUACCCGAUAAACUGGAAACUAAUACCGUUUCAACCCCAGUGCUUCAGCCCAUAUUGAUAGGUGCACCACGCCUCUGUGCAUCCCUCCGCUUUCCCUCAUUGCCCGGCAACCUGGACACUUCUUCACACCUGGAAGAAAUUCCAAAAUACACGUCUGACCCUGCCUUACCAGUCAGCUAA